GGACGUGGACAAACUUGCAGCCUGUCAACAGGAACGUUGUUGCUCUGCAGAAAUGUCAGCUCAGGAAGAAUUCUUUUCGGGCAUUCCCAAGAUCCCAUAUGUUCCCAGUGCUGGGCCGGGAGAUGUCAUGUGUUUCAAACACUACAAUGCAGAGGAGGUGCUGAUGGGGAGGAAGAUGGAGGACUGGCUGAGGUUCUCAGUCUGCUACUGGCACUCCUUCUGUGGGACUGGUGCUGAUCCUUUUGGGUUUCAGACACUCCACCGGCCCUGGAAUGAAGGGACUCCCAUGGAAUCAGCCAAGAGGCGACUCUGUGCUGCUUUUGAGUUUUUCACCAAGCUUGGCGUUAAAUAUUACACAUUUCAUGACAGAGACAUGGCCCCUGAGGGCUCCACACUGCAGGAGUCCAACAUGAAUCUGGAUGAAAUAACAGACCUGGCCCUCCAGCUGCAGAGCCGGACCGGAGUCAAGGUGCUCUGGGUCACCUGCAACCUCUUUGCCCACCCAAGGUACAUGAAUGGUGCAGCCACCAACCCCGACUGUCAUGUUCUGGCCUACGCUGGCGCUCAGGUCAAGAAGGGACUGGAUAUUGCAAAGAAGCUGGGUGCUGAAAAUUUUGUGUUUUGGGGAGGAAGAGAAGGUUUUCUUUCCAUCCAUAAUACAGAUGUUGCUGCUGAGCUGAAGCACAUGGCCAGCUUCUUCAAAAUGGCUGUUGAGUACAAAGAGAAGAUUGGGUUAAAGUGCCAGUUUCUGAUUGAGCCAAAGCCUAAGGAGCCCUGCAAACACCAGUAUGAUUAUGAUGCUAUGAGUGUUAUAGGAUUCCUUAAGCAUUAUGGCCUGGAGAGUCACUUCAAGUUGAACAUUGAGCCCAACCACACCACCCUGGCAGGACACUCCUACGAACAUGAUAUUGUCAUGGCCUCUGCGUUUGGCAUGCUGGGCUCGGUCGACUCGAACACCGGCUCUCCUGACCUGGGGUGGGACACAGACCAGUUCCCCAUGGACAUUAGGAACACCACCUUGGUCAUGAAGACCAUCGUUGAACAGGGUGGUCUGCAGCCUGGAGGCCUGAACUUUGAUGCUAAGGUGCGCAGAGAGUCCACAGACCUGGAAGACCUGUUCAUAGCUCACAUCGGAGCCAUGGACGCCUUCGCAAGAGGACUGAGGAAUGCUGUACGCAUCAUUGAGGACGGGAUUAUCACCGGUAUGGUGAAGGAGCGAUACUCAAGCUUCAGUCAUGGUCUUGGUCAGAAAGUGGAGGAUGGUUCUGCUUCCUUAGAGGAGAUGGAGGCCUUCAUCAAGAAGAACGGUGAACCCAAAGUCACAUCAGGGAAGCAAGAAAAGUAUGAAUCCAUCUUUAAUCACUACAUAUAAUAAAAAUGUUACCUCCCUGUGUCUGUAGAUGGAGGCUGUUGACAUUAAAUAGAAGCUGUUCUACUUUGGUGCUGGUGAUGAAACACUGGUGAGCAGAUCCAACACACUGCUACACAUGUAGAGCACUUAAUUAAUCCCAGUGGGAUAAAUAAUUACUGCACCGCAUAACUGCAGUUGUUUCACUAAACAAGAAAGUGUAAAUCCAGAUGUGAACACUGUGAGCAGAGAGCUGAAAUGUUUCGGUAUCAUACAGUACAUUGGACUAAUUCACUCAUUCAUUAACAUGUUUUAAAUACUGUAUGCGUGUCAUUGUGUAUCACUAGUGCUAUACAAAUGUCACCUGGUUUGAUCUAACAAGGUUGUAUUCAUCUUAGCUGAUGACUGAUGAGGAAGCAUAACUAUGUAAUAAAAAAAUUCACA